CUUUCAACCGAUAUGACCAACGAAAUGAUGACAAUUCUGGUGAUGUUCUUUCUUCUUCUUCGUGUACCUGAUUCCAGGGGAAGCGAGUGUUCAGAUGCUGCAGAAACGGUAGAUAUACCAUAUAUCCAGAUGUGUGAGGACGGGGAAGUGACGUCACACAACGUGAUACUGGACACAUACGAGGCUGCUGACACAGGUGGGAUCAAUUGUUCUUGUGAUAUUAGAACUAAAAGUAUCGUUAAUAUUUACAUAGAACACUACGGUAAUAGAUUGAACCCAAACACAUCUAAUUGUGGCAGCGAAAUUGUAGUCAACGGGUAUGCAGUCAACGGAACCCAUCGAGGAACGUACAAAUGUGAUACAGUUCCAAAAAUACCCAGUUUCAUAAGACCAGUUACUAUGGCAUGGAAUGUGUUCUCCGAUGGAGAUUCAAAAUAUUGCUUCAAUAUUACAGGAUUGGUAACUAUACCAAAUUCCACUUUCACAAUAAAGUGUUCCAAACCAGAAAUAAUCGCUACCUCGUCCUUUACAACAUCUGAAACGACAACACAAACAACAAAAAUAACAGAGACCACUCCUACUACCAAUAAAGUGACCACCACAGCGAUGACCAAUGUGUCUAACACUGACAACGAGACAGGUGGCUCAACAGCUCCGACAUCUAGUGUCCCUGUCGAUACCAGUACGUCACUUCCGGCGGAAAGUUUCCCUCUGAUAAUCGUUGUACCAGCUGCUGUCGGAGGGUUUGUUCUGAUUGUCAUCAUAAUAAUCAUCGCCGUCGUCUGCCACAGAAAACAUGACAAAUAUUCGAAAGGAAUAAACAGAUACAUUGAUGAGAUCAUAGACCCCUUCGUGACGAGCAAUUCAGUGGCCAACAACGACAGCGGUGAGGACAGUGAUAGCUUAAAACUACACAUUCUGUACAACACUUCCGGUCGUAUUUCAGCAAAUGAAAAUUCUACUGUCGAUCUUCCCCAGUCGACAUCACUGGAAGCUGAAUAUUCCCAGGUGAAGAAGAGCAUACCUAAACAAAACGAAGAAGGUAAGCAGAACGAAACUGAGUUGUCGAACUUGAAUGGAACCGGAAAUGACCUGUGCUGCACAAGUUGUAAUUAAGUCCAAAUGGACAAAACCCCAGACUUUUCAACCAGUACUUCGCAUACAACGACUGCGAAUUUGGUA